CGCGUUUCGUCAUUAGUAUUAAUUUCAUAUUUCGAGAGGAAGAAAAUAUUAAUUAAGUGAUAUUAAUGGAAAUAAUAAUAUUUGAUCACAGUUCACGCAGUUUCCAUGUAUAAUUCAUUUGUUCCUAAUUUCCAUGUCUGGUCUCUUUUGGAGAAAUCAAUAAAUAAAACGACAUUUAAGCGCGUGUUAUCCACUACAAGCCUCAAAACUAACGAGUGCACAACACGCGCUUUUACAUGAGAGUGGGACUCACGUGAACUAAUCUAUUUCCCCAAAUCUGAAGACUUUCCUUUUGUUUUUUUUUUUGCUCUCUUCUUCUUCUUCUUCAGCUUCGGACAAAUUUCAUAUCACGGAGAUUUCAAUUUCCCACACAAGAAAAAAAUAACCCUCAAUCAAAAAUCUCAAUCAGAUCUCUGAUGAUGGAUCCAACAGGAUCACCAAGAACAUCGAAUGGCUCUUCUUUAUCUCCUCCAAGAUCGUACCUUAUCUUUAUGCGAAUCAUGAGCAAGAGACGGACAUGGGUUUGUCUCUUUGUAGCUGUCUACGCGAUUCUCUUGGCUUCCUCAUGGAACUUUCUCACAUCUGUACUUAGCUGGUACAAGCUCCAGUACACGUCAUCGCCGUCUCCGUCGAGAUUACCGGCGGUUUACGCGUCUGUGGUGUUAGGAGCUGUGUUUGGAGCCAUGUCGAUGGUUGCGGCGGCUGCGGUUGCUGUCCCGGCGGUUAUGGUGAUUUGGAUAUCGGUGGUUGUGUUGCUUGCGUUUUUUGGGAAAUCGAGAAGGGUAUUGGUUGUUGAAGCUCGUAAGAUUACAAGAGAAGUGUUUGGAUUUGUGUUUAAGGUUCUUUUGAAAGAAGGCAAUGCUGUUGCUGCGGUUUGUGCUGUUUUGGGUUAUUUCAUUCUUAUUAGAAAGGAUUUUGAUUCGAUUUAGGGUUUUUGAUUUUGGGAUAUUUCCUUCUUCUUCUUUUUUGGAUUAGGGGCUUUUUCUUUCUUUCCGGAAAUUUGACGAUCAUAUCGAAGAAACUCUUUUCUUGUUGCUUCUUGUUUAACUUAUUGCUAAUGUAGCAAUGUAUAUGUACAAUUUAUAAACGAAGAUGUUCUCUUGAAUA